AAUGUCAGAAAUCAAUAUGUUUAGUUUGGUCUUGUUGUUGACCAUUGUUUUGGCCUUGCAUAGUGAGGCUUAUGGCCGUCACAGACCACUGCCUUGGGGACAAAGUGGAUUUAAUCGUGGUUAUUUUGGACAUCCAAAAAAACGAAGCGUUUCGCCUGUACAUUCGGAGCCUCUUUCAUGGACACCGGAUUUGAACAAAAGCAACGCACCUGAUUUUCACGCAUCUUUGGAAAAAAUUGAUGCAUUGUUUGAUCCUCCAACGGAAGUUGAAGCUAAGCGGAAAGCUAAGGCGAGGAAGAAUUCUUUCGUGCUGAACCAAAUAUUUUUAAAUGAUAAAAAUAGUAAAAAUAAACGUUUUACUCGAAAUAUUGACAAAAUCGAGCGGGAUGUACAUCGAGUAACUAAAAAACUUGAACUUUUGAAGUACCAACUUAUUCUAAUGAAUCAACCACCCGGCGACAAUUCAAUGAACUAUAUGAUGGAUCCUAGUGGACGAUCCAACAACGUAUAUCCAGAAUUUAUCAAUCCAGAUUUUGAUUUUAAUCAAAUGCAUGAUAGUGCAUAUGAUCAUGAUCCGUACGAUCUAAGCCAACUUUAUCGGGAAUUCAAUGGAUAUGCAUCACAACCAUAUCCAAAUGUACUAAAUUAUGAGGAUUACGACGAUAGUUAUUCAGACCCAAAUUACGAUUUCAAUCCGGCAUUUGUUCUUCAGUCCAUGGAUACUGAAAAUCAAGGAAAUCAUCCGAAUUUUGAUCAAGGGACCACACAGGGCUUUAUGCCACAACCUACAACUAGGCCAGAGGUAAAUCCAACAUCAUUACAAUAUCGUUUCCAAGAGCCAGAAAAAAAGGCCCCAUCACUUGCUUAUAUGGUUAAAACAGAGAGUGACAAGCAGGAGGACUCUCCCGAAGGUUGUUCCAUUUGAUUAUCAAAUAUGAUAUCUAUACUUUUAUGUUUUAUCUAUUUUGACUGACACUCUGAUGCUGAUCCGGCGUUUAAACUUGCUCUUCUCUACAAAUAAAUAAUCUCAAGCAUUA